UCUGGUAACACUAUUGACAACAAUCAUCAGUCAUCUGCGUUCCUGUAUUUUUUUUUGCAAAAAACCAAAAUCCACAAAGUUUUUUCAGAAAUACAAAAAAGUUUUUAACAAAUUCCAAGUGUUUUUUACCCCAAAUAAACCCUGGAAUCACUUUAAAUAUAAAAAAAAUAAUUCCAAUACAAAUAUUCUGGAUACAGUUGAUUUGUAUUCGCAAAGGUGGUUCCACUUGGCGACUACGUCACUCAUUGGGAGAGCCUCAAUCUCUGCAAUACAAAAUAUCACCUCAAGAAUAUAUUAGUCGCAACCCUAAACGAUGUCUGAAAAGACCAUUAAAGUAAAUGCCCGAGUCGAGAUCGCCGGAAAAGGUGUCCGAGGCAAGGUUGCUUAUGUUGGCGUCACCGGAUUCGCCGGUGGCAAAUGGGUCGGAGUCAUACUCGAUGAACCAAAAGGUAAGAACAAUGGCAGUGUAAAAGGUCAUUCCUAUUUCCACUGCAUCGACAAGUACGGCACAUUUGUCCGUCCCACUCAGUUGAUUCUGCUCGACGAGUCUACCGAAGAUCUCACAGACGGUACACCGACCACACCUCAACCCACAACCACUCGAUCUCGAUUGAGCACUUCUCGUACUUCUCUUUCUUCAAGUAGACAAAGUCUAACCGGUUCCCGGACACAACUCUCAACUUCUUUGACUGAACGCAACUUUACCGCAGGCAGAAAAAGCCUAAUGACACCGCCGACAACAACUGCAACGGCAACUUCUUCCACAGCUUCUUCAUCUGAAUCUCAUCCAUCUUCGAAGCGAGCUUCUUUUGUCGAAACUGGGUUUUUAGAGAUUUUAAAGCCACAAUUUACUCCCAGUCAGCCAAUUCGGUCCCCCUCGUUUACUGCUCCUCCUCCAACUAUGAGUGCUCAAGCUGCUGCUGAAGAAAAAGCAACUAAUGCUGAACAACAACAAAUAAUCGAGGGGCUUAAAAGUCAAGUUGAUGAUUUGACUGAAAAACUAGAAACACUCAAGCAGCGUCGCUCUGAGGACAAGGAACGUCUGCGAGAGUUCGACAAAAUGAAAAUUCAAUUCGAACAGAUGCAAGAGUUUAGGUCGAAAAUAAUGAAUGCCCAAGCUCAGCUUCAAAGAGACUUGCAAAGAGCAAAGCAAGAAGCUAAAGAUGCAAUCGAGGCUAAGGAACGUCAUGCUCAAGAAAUGGCCGAUUUGUCAGAUAACGUUGAAAUGAUAACUCUUGACAAGGAAAUGGCAGAGGAAAAGGCCGACACUCUUCAGCUGGAACUAGAUUCCACUAAAGAAAAGAUUGAAGAGUUGACUCUUGAUUUGGAGCUUUUGCGGGCAGAAGUCCAGAACAAGGCUGAAUCAGAACAUGGCAACAGGCCUAGUGGCGAUGGCACUGUUAGUGCUUAUGAAAUUAAGCAACUCGAGCAACAAAAUCAUCGCUUGAAGGAAACACUUGUCCGUCUUCGUGACUUAAGUGCACACGAUAAACACGAUAUUCAAAAAUUAGCCAAGGAACUUGAAAUGAAAAAGUCUGAAGUAACUGAAUUGGAACGUACAAAGGAAAAACUGUCUGUAAAGUUGGAUGAACUGGAAGCAACUGUUGCUGAUUUGCAGGAACAAGUGGAUGCUGCUUUGGGUGCUGAAGAAAUGGUUGAACAAUUGGCGGAGAAAAAAAUGGAAUUAGAAGACAAAGUAAAGUUACUCGAGGAAGAAGUUUCCCAAUUGGAAGCUCUUGAAGAAAUACACGAGCAGUUGGUGGAAAGUAAUCAUGACUUGGAAAUGGAUUUGCGCGAAGAACUCGACAUGGCAAAUGCUGCCAAGAAAGAGAUUCUCCGUGAACGGGAUGCUGCCAUUGAAACAAUAUACGAUCGCGAUCAGACUUUGAUAAAGUUCCGUGAAUUGGUACAAAAAUUAAAUGAAAAUAUUAUCGAACUACGUGAAAAGAACUCGGAAACAUCUGCUGCAAUGAAAACAUCAAUGCCGGAUGUAGGAGGAAAGAAAGACGCACUUGUAAAUGAUUCCAUUGACUAUAAACAGAUGUUUGCCGAAUCGAAGGCCUACACUAGAGCAAUUGAUGUUCAACUAAGACAAAUCGAAUUGACUCAGGCUAAUGAAAGAGUUCAAAUGCUAACGGCUUUCAUGCCAGAUUCAUUCAUGAAUCGUGGUGGAGACCACGAUUCGAUAUUGGUUAUUUUACUUGUCGCUCGAAUUGUAUUCAAAUGUGGCAUUGUUGUUAGCCAGACGCGGGAAAGAUUCCCAGCCGUUGACAAUAUUACCAAGGACGCUGUCAUUCAGGGUCAUAGUGUGCAUCAAUUUGCUUUCAAGUCUAGAUUAUUGCACUACAUUCAUAACCUGCAGUGUGCUUUGCAUCAAAUUCUAUAUGGAUUGAACUGUUGUCAGCCUGAUACUCUGCUCAGAGCAGGUGGAUCGCUUCCUGAAAUGAUUGCACAGGAAAAAACAGUCGAUUCGAUUAUAGAACUGCUGAAGCAAAAUCAACUCGAUGAGAAUUCAUUCACGGAAAACAUUGAAAAAUGUGUUUCCUUCUUCAAUGCUAUGAAUUCUGUUCUUUUAGCUGGAGAGGAUCUUCUCAAUGAAACACAAAUGAUUAGAGAUUGUGUUGCUUCGCUGGGAUCUGCCUGUGAUUCUAUACUCACAGAUGCUUCUAUGAUUCGCGCAAUUAUUCGAGAAACAACCGAUACCAGCGACACAAUACUCCUGAUGCAAUAUGUCAUAGAAAAUGCCGACAGCGUGAAACAAAAUAUAAAAUUGAUUAAACGUCGCCUGCCUCAAGAUCUCCAUGUGGUUAAAUGCAAUAUAUCGCCACAUAAAAUCGAAACUAUGCGCACAAUUACAGGUUCAUUGAGUAAAAUAAUGUCUGCUCUGCACAUCGCUUCCAAACAGGCUGUGCAAACAAUAAAUUCAUCAAUUGAAAGCGAUAACGCAGCAGAGACAACUAUUGAACACUCCAAGUUCUGGGAAAUUCUCUCAUCGGCUUGCGAACGUGUAUACGAACAAGACGAUAGAGGACCAUCGCAGAACUUUAAGGCUGUUCUGGCUCCUGCCAACACCGAUCUAGCUCAGCUCGCUCAAUAUCUGCUGGAUAACGAGUAUGAGAUAAUGUCUAGAGCCAAUGCGAGGGCCGCUGAGAAGCAGGUUUCUCCGAUUUUAUUGCGUGCUCAGUUCAUAAAGAAGCAAUUGGAACAGAAGAAUGUUCUGGCUGCUACACUGGAAAAUCGCGAGGCUGAUAUAAAGCAAUUAAAGUUAGCUGCCAAGAUGAAACAGAGUGAACUCUCCGAGAUGCAAAUACGCAAAGAUAUCGCAGAGAAAAAGCUGUCGGUGCUACAGCAUGAUCAUGAGGUGACAAUUGAAAAAUUGAAGCGACAAUAUGAGGAGACUUACGAUCUUCUUAAAAAGAAGGAGAAGGAGUUUGAAGAUACAAUGGAUCAUUUGCAGAGUGACAUUGAAGCUUUGGAGAGUGAGAAGUCGACGUUACGUGAAAAACUAAAACUUAACACAGGUAGCACUUCAAAGAGAAGUGACACAACAACUCCUGCUUCGUCAACAACUGUGAGCACUACUGUAACUGCGGGCUCGCCAAUACUGGCGGAAGAGGUUAACCUCCUGAAGAGUGUGCUUAUAGGAGAACGUAACGAACGAUUGCGCUUGCAAGCUGAUUCGAUCAAACAAAAGUUAAAGAAAUUCGAUCCCAUUCACGUGCCUCGAGCCAAGGAUAAACGUAUUAUUGAGCUAGAAAAUCAGUUGGCAAAAAUGAAGCACGAAUGGGCAUUGUCAUAUUUGAGAACAUCGCCCUCGACUAAAGCUUCAAGUAUUGAAAUGUAUAGAAAACAGAAAAUAGCAAUUGAAAAAGAAGUCAGAGUACUGGCAUCUGAGGUGCUUGAUGAAUAUUUUCAUAGAAAUCCCCAUCGGGCAGCGCCCUCAGACUUUUCUCAAUUCCCAACAGUCGAAGUUAAAAAAGUAUUUCAAAUGUAAAAUUAACUCAAAUACUCCUUAAUUUUUUUUAUCAUUUAAGUUAUAAACAAAAAGACACUAUAAGCGCGGCAGCCAUUGUGCACUAAAACCUUAAAAAAAAUCAAAAUUAACUGUAAUACAUUAUUCUAACUUAUUUAUAUGAAAAUUAUUAAAAUAAAUUGUUAUAAAAACAAUCA